AUUUGACAUUAAAGUAAAAAUUUGUCUUAAACAAAAACAAAUUAAUUUACAAAAUGUGUAAAUUCACAAUGUUUGCUAUUGUGGCGCUAGUAUUUGUCGUGAUUAACCAGAUUUGCGCGGAAACUAGGCAAGCUGAAACGGAUGUAUAUGAUUUUUACGGGCGACCUUUAGUGAGCCACAGUUAUAAUAUUGGCGAUGUUCUUGGGGUCUCUUGCGUAUCCAAAUUGGUUCCUAACGAAACGUACCUUGAUAAACUUAUAUCAAUUAACUUCUUAAAGGACGGCGAACUAUAUCACAAAUCGGGAGAUCUCGGAUCGGGAAAGAUUGAAGAUUAUCCCGUUAAAGGCAUACAAGACAUAAGUGGGAGGGGAUGGAGUUAUUUCUCGCAAAAUGUGGCCAUCAAUGAGCACUCCGGGGGCGCCACUAAUCAAACAAGAGGGUCGUACACUUGUCAGAACUAA